AUGGAUUCCAUCAAGAAGGCUAUGAAGAAGCUGUCCUGCCAGGACCCGUCGACUCAGAGUCAGUCCAGCGCGAAGACAAUGCCACGAUCGAAGACUCCGGUCCCCAAGAAGGACUGGAUAAACCCGCACGACGAGGACAACACUGCGACGCCUCCCUACAACCCUGCAAUCAACGCAGUCAAGGCCGAGAAUCAGAAGUCAUUCUUCCUGGAUGACUCGGACGAGUCGUUGCCUCCUUCUCCCGAGAGCUGCACCUACAUCCAAGUUGAAGAUCCGAAUAAAAAGGAAGACGACCCCAAAGCCCGCUACCACAUUCGCAUCUAUCUCCAGGAGCCCUCGACUCCCCCCGACUACUAUGUUGAGGGAGAGUACGAUCCGGAGUUCGCCAAGAAGCUCACCCGGGAGCUCCACGAUCUUCAGGACCGCAUCGAGCUGCGGCGCUCCGAGUACGGUCCGGUGGCAGACGAAUAUGCGAUCGACCGCACACCUGCUGAGGCCAUCAAGUCCAUUCAUGAAGCGAUGGAGUGUUCUUGGUAUGAUGAGGAGAUCGCCAGCCAGUGGCUGUAA